AUGGAGUCUCUUCUUAAUAUGGAACGUUUAAAAAAUAUAACACAUUCUGUUGUUAAUUCAAGUUUUGAAAAUCAAACUUUAAAUGCUGGAAUUAACAAAGCUCAAAAUUGGUGGAAAAAUCAUCAAAAUCAUAAUAUAUCAUUACCAAUCGUUCAAGAUAUAUCACCCUCAUCUUCAAGAGUUGAUCAUCAUUCUGGACAACUUAUAGUAACUAUACUUUGUGCAGAAGAUUUAUAUGAAUCACGAUUAUCAAUGUUUACUGCAUCAACACCGGUAUUGGAACGUCCCUAUGUUAUUAUUGAAUGUAAUCAUCAACGUUUUCAAACAAAACAAGCUGAUUCUAUUUCAACAAAUCAAAAUCCACAAUGGACAGACGAUAAUGGACCAUUUUAUUUCGAUAGAAUCAAUCCAGAUAUUGAUCAUUUAACUAUUUGGAUUCAACAAAAAGAUACUCUUCAUAUUAGAAAACAUAAACAAACAAAAACAUUAGGAAUGUGUGAGGUCGAUAUUCGGAAUUUAAUUGAUCAAGAACAAAUUUGGUUACCAUUAAAAAAAGAUAAUAAACCAGUUGGACAAAUCCUAUUACAAAUUGCCUAUAUUUCAAAAGAAAAAUAA